AUGGGUACAAAAUCUGGUAUGUCUGGCCGGCGUUCGCUGGAGACCAGGAUUCAAGCCAAAAGGCACAAAGGACCUGCACAAUACGUACCUCCAAGACCAGAUAGGCCACUGGCCACAAUGGUCUGGAAAAAAAAUGAGUGCAAUCUAGACAGGUCCAAACACUCUCUUAAAGGGUUCAUUAUAUGCUUCAUUAAUAGCGAACACAUCGUAGCCUUGCUGUCUGAGCCGUACACGGGGAAGGAUAUCGAGGUCAGGGCCGUUUUUUGCAAUGCCGAAAAUAUGUCGCGUCACUCGCGCCGACUAAACAAUAGAGAAGUAGCAGAAUACUUAUGGGUAGAUAUUCCUUCAGAUAACGAGAGUGUAUGUGGCGAUGAGCAUGACAAAGAAGAAAGAGAAGAUCAGCCAAAUCCGCUGGUGUUAGGCGAUUUCAUUGGAGAAGUUCAAGCAAACGAUUUUGAUUCCCAUGAUGACCUCCCUUUGUCUAACUUAGUAUCCCGGAAUCCUGAUUCUGCAGAGCCCAACAUCGAACAUUCAAACAGGCCUACAGUAGCUCCAAAGUGGAAGAAGAAUUAUAGGACGAACAUACCCGCUGAGUUUUCAGAAAACGUGGGAAAAACGGAUCAAGUACUAAUAAUGGAGAAUGUUACGCCUCUUUCACUAUUUCACCUUUUUUGGACAGAGCAUUUACAGGACAUUUUAUGUUUUCAAAAUAACCUUUACGCUACUCAAUCUGGAAAGCCUUUUACUACCACAACUGAGGAGCUUGAUGCUUUCAUUGCCUUGAACUUGGUGGUGGGUAUAAAAAAAUUGCCGAGCUACAGAGAUUACUGGUCUUCAGCACCUGAUUAA